AUGCCACUCGCCGUCCCAAUACAGCCAUCAGGAUAUGAAUACUAUCCUCAACCACAACCAUGUGCAUCCUACAGUGAGGAGAACAAGGAGAACGAGGUCCCGAGCAAUUUCAAGACCCGGCUCUGCAAACUGCACAACUCGGGCAAGAGCAUCGUCUGUCCUCAUGGAGCUAACUGCAGAAUGAUGGCCCCACCGAGUCAACAGUUUCAACUAGAAGCGUCUAUCAAUUGGAAAGUCAGGAAUUUCAACGAUAGGCAUCCGAAUGGAGACGACUACUACGACCUUCAUGGAAUGACGACGAUGGGGAUGAUCAGCUAUGUCCAGGACAUCGUGCAGCAGAUGAGGAGGACCGGAGGGACCAAGGCAUGGCUGGAAGUCGGAAGAGGGAACCACUCGGCAAAUGAAUUUCCAGCAAUGAAGACCCACUUGAUGAAUAAUUGCCAUUUAUUCCCCGGUUUCUCAUUUGUCCCUAUUAUUGGUAAUGAUGAUUCAAUAAUGAUGUGCCCACCAACCUUCUUCGGAACGACUGCUCAAUUCUUCUACCCAACUGAGAUGAUGUUCUCCAUGCCACAGCACUAUGCACCAAUGCCGCUCGCCCUCCCAAUGCAGCCAUCAGGAUUUGGAUAUUUUCCUCAACCACAACCAUGUGGAUCCUACAGUGAGGAGAACAAGGAGAACGCUGGGCCGAGCAAUUUCAAGACCCGGCUCUGCAAACUGCACAAUUCGGGCAAGAGCAUCGCCGAUACGCUCGAGUUCAAGGUGCUCAAGGGACAUCACCAGGAAGCUAUCCAGAAGCUUCAUGCUCAAAAAAUGAUGGCUCCACCAAGCCAGCAGUUCCAAUUGGAGGCUUCGAUCAACUGGAAGGUUCGGCAAUUUAACGUGGGACAUCCGAAUGGAAAAGUGGGACAUCCGAACGACUUGCAUGGGAUGACGACGAUGGGAAUGGUUUCGUAUAUUCAGGACAUUGUGAAGCAGAUGAGGAGGACCGGAGGAACCAAGGAAUGGCUGGAAGUCGGAAGAGGAACUCACUCGGCCAAUGGAUUCCCAGCGAUGAAGACCCAUUUGAUGAAUAAUUGUCACUUAUUCCCUGGUUGCUCAUUUGUCCCUAUUAUUGAAUCAAUCAAGGUCAUGUGCCCACCAACCACCUUUGGAGUUGCUACCCAAGGAUUUUUCCUGACGGAGAUGAUGUUCUCCAUGCCACCACCAUUUCAUCCAACAAUGGCAAUGGCCGUUCCAAUGCAGCAAUAUGGAUAUGAAUAUUAUCCUCAACUUCUGCCAUGUGGACCAUGCAAUAAGGAUAAUAAAGAGAACGAGGUGCCAAGCAACUACAAGACCCGGCUCUGUAAGUUGCACAACUCGGGCAAGAGCAUCGUCUGCCCCCAUGGAGCUGCCUGCAGGUUUGCCCAUGGGGUGGAAGAGCUGCGGUCAAACGGUUCAAUCCCAGACCAACAGGUAGCUAACAAAAGUUACAAGACAAUCUUAUGUCGUAACUAUGCUCCUGGAGGUUCUGGUGAUUGUCCGUACAGACUGGCUUGUCAGUAUAUCCAUCCAAGUGAUGGUUUGCUGUACAAGUUUUGUCGGGCCGACACGCCAGAGUUUAAGGUGUUGAAGAGACAGCAUCAGGAGGAAAUCCAGCAGCUUCAUACGCAAAGAAUGAUGGCGCCAUUAACCCAACAGUUCCAAUUGGAGGCGGCUAUCAAUUUGAAGGUCCGGCAAUUCAAUGUGGAACAUCCGAAUGGCAAGGAUUACCACGACCUGCACGGAAUGACAACAAUGGGAAUGGUUUCGUAUAUUCAGGACAUUGUGAAGCAGAUGAGGAUGGUCGGAGCAAAGAAGGCGUGGCUGGAAGUCGGAAGAGGAACCCACUCAGCAAAUGGAUUCCCAGCAAUGAAGACCCAUUUGAUGAAUAAUUGUCACUUAUUCCCCGGUUGUUCAUUUGUCUCUAUUAUUGGUAACAAUGGUAUUUUGGAACUUUCUGUUGUUUGA